AUGACUACCACCGGCACCCCCAAACCGUUCACCAUCUCGGUCCCCUCAGCCCAGAUCGAGACCCUCAACAACAAACUCGCCACUACAACCUUUCCCACCGAGCUUCAAGAUGCAGGCUGGUCAAUGGGCUCCCCUUUAUCGGACGUGCGCCGCAUUGCAGAACACUGGCAGAAGCACUUCUCCUGGCGCCGUGCAGAGGAGCACUUGAACAGCUUUCCACAAUAUACGGUGCCUGUCCAGGUACAGGGCUUUGAGGAACUUGAAAUCCAUUUCAUUCAUCAACGCUCAAAACGUGAAAAUGCAAUUCCUCUACUGUUCAUCCACGGCUGGCCUGGCUCAUACUACGAAGUCCUGAAACUCUUACCACUACUCACCGAUCCUCAAGAUCCAAACGUCCCAGCAUUUCAUGUUGUGGCUCCAUCUCUAGCCGGGUAUGCCUGGUCUCAAUAUCCCUCACGGAAAGGCUUCGGACUGAAGCAGCACGCGGAGACUCUACAUGGCGUGAUGCAAGCUUGUGGGUAUGAAWCCGGGUAUGUUGCGCAAGGUGGCGAUUGGGGUGGCUUCUUAUCGAGAUUGGUGUCCAAAUUGUAUCCAAAGAGUGUCAAAGCCGUUCAUACCAACUUUCCUGUCCAUGGAUUCCCGAAACCUUGGAAGAAUCCGAUCAGUUUCUUCCAAGCCAUUGGAGGAAUUGCUUUGUCGAGCGCUACGAGAGCGGAUCUGGCUCAUACGCAAAAGUACCUUGAGGAAGGCGAUGGCUAUCUCAAAGAACAAGAUACAAAGCCUCAAACUCUAGGCUAUGGCCUGACAGAUUCUCCUGUUGCGCUACUAGCAUGGAUAUACGAAAAGCUGCACGAUUGGACCGACUCCUACCCCUGGACAGAAGACGAAGUAUGCACUUGGAUCUCCAUCUAUGCUUUCUCACGCGAAGGACCUUCUGCAAGCACGCGCAUCUACUACGAAUCCGCGCAUCCCGUAGGGGAAGGAGGCGUGACUAGAAUGGAUGUGGUCAAUAUGUACAUUCCAGGAGUUCCUUUGGCGCUUGCAUACUUUCCACAAGAAGUAGCUAAAUUGCCCAAAUCAUGGGCUGCGAGUAAUGGACCUAUUGUGCAGCAGACUAAGUUCGAUGCGGGGGGGCACUUUGCUGCUUUUGAGGUUCCGGAGCUGUUGGCUGGAGAUUUGAGGAAGUUGUUUGGUAAAGGAGGGCCUUGUGAGGGUGUCGUUGCUGGGAAGAGGGGGUUUUGA